AGACAUAUAGAGAUUAUAUAUGGUGGCUGGCUACAACAACCAAAAUCCCAGAAAAAAUUCUCUUGUUUUUUCUUUGCCCCACAUAUAUUUAUAUUAAUUUUAUCAUUAUUAUUAUUAGACACAUACAUUUGAAUUUGAUUGAAGCAGAUAAGUAUUGAGAAGUAACUGUCCAAGUUUCUGCCAGAAUUCUAUGCACAGAAAAUGCAAAUAUCAGGCACAUGAGUUUUGUCUAGUUGCAGAGCAGUCGUUGGUAGUUGUCUCAAAAUUCUCUUUCUCUUCUCUUCUCUUCUCUUCUCUUCUCUUGCCUUUUCCUCAUAAUCAAAAGCCAGAGCCAUUUUUGCAGUGUGCAUCAUCAUCAUCUAGCUACCUUUCCUUCAUUCCUUCACUGACCUGCAGAAUUUCAGACAUUCUUAUCUCCACAGAGUUUGUUGUUGAAGUAUAUUCCUUAUAAGUGUGUAGAAGUUCAAGUUUAUAGAGAAUGAAUCAGCCUAAGAUUAAGCGCCGUGUGGGUAAAUAUGAGGUUGGGAGGACCAUUGGUGAGGGAACAUUUGCAAAGGUGAAAUUUGCAAGGAACUCUGAGACAGGGGAAGCUGUGGCUCUCAAAAUUCUUGACAAAGAGAAGGUCCUCAAGCACAAGAUGGCUGAACAGAUUAAGCGGGAAGUAGCUACAAUGAAGUUAAUCAAGCAUCCAAAUGUGGUUCAGCUGUAUGAGGUCUUGGGAAGCAAGACGAAAAUAUAUAUGGUUUUGGAGUUUGUGACUGGGGGAGAGCUCUUCGACAAAAUUGUAAACCAUGGACGGAUGUGUGAAGAUGAAGCACGUAGAUAUUUCCAGCAACUGAUAAAUACAGUUGAUUAUUGCCAUAGCAGGGGUGUCUACCACAGAGAUCUUAAGCCAGAAAAUUUGCUAUUAGAUGCUUGCGGGAAUCUUAAAGUUUCUGAUUUUGGGUUGAGUGCACUCUCCCAGCAAAUUAAGGAUGAUGGACUACUACAUACUACAUGUGGAACUCCAAAUUAUGUUGCUCCAGAGGUCCUUAAUGAUAAAGGCUAUGAUGGAGCAACUGCAGAUUUGUGGUCAUGUGGGGUGAUUCUCUUUGUAUUGGUUGCGGGUUACUUGCCUUUUGAUGACCCUAAUCUUAUGGAAUUGUAUAAAAAAAUCUCAGCAGCAGAAUUUACUUGCCCCCCAUGGCUUUCUUUCAGUGCCCGGAAAUUGAUAACUCGAAUCUUGGAUCCCAAUCCCAUGACUCGUAUCACUAUAGCUGAGAUUCUGGAAGAUGAAUGGUUUAAGAAAGAUUAUAAGCCUCCAAUUUUCCAGGAGAAUGGGGAAACCAACCUCGACGAUGUAGAAGCCGUCUUUAAAGAUUCUGAAGAGCACCAUGUGACAGAGAAGAAAGAAGAGCAGCCAACAGCAAUGAAUGCAUUCGAGUUAAUUUCCAUGUCCAAAGGGCUCAACCUUGAAAACUUGUUUGAUGUUGAGCAGGUUCACAUUUUCACAUGAUUAGAUACUUUCUAAGUGUGUGUUUGGGUGCCAAUUGAGUGCAAUGUGAAUGAACUUUUCAUCUUAAUCCAUCAAAAGAGUUUCGUUCAGUUUUUGCCUUUUAAGUAUGCGCUAAUGUCUGUUGCAAUAUCCAAACACAAUCUAAAUUAUUUUAUGAUUGUGGUGGAUAUGUUUAAUUCAAAUACAGGGAUAACAUUGGCAUUACAUUAAUGUUAACAUGUACACUAGUUGUUUCUUUUGAUAGACAAAAACCUAGUUAACUUUGUAGAAACUUGAGAUGAGAACUUAUCUUUGAAUCCCAACAUGAGCAUAGUAUGAGAAAGUUACUGCAUUUGUUUUAUUCUUAUGUCAUUUACUUCAGGGAUUUAAAAGGGAAACAAGAUUCACAUCAAAGUCCCCUGCCAAUGAGAUAAUCAGCAAGA